GUUAUGGCGCGCAAGGUAGCGCUCAUCACCGGAAUCACCGGACAGGAUGGCUCCUACCUCGCUGAGCUCCUUCUCUCAAAGGGAUAUGAAGUUCAUGGCAUUAAGCGCAGAGCCUCUUCAUUCAACCAGGCUCGUAUUGAGCACAUCUAUGAGAAAGCUCAAAUUAACAAGGAGAAGAUCCCUUUCUACACCCAUUAUGGUGACGUGACUGAUUUGAACAACCUGGUCACGCUCCUGAAUAAGACACAACCUGAUGAGUUUUACAACCUUGCUGCUCAAAGCCAUGUUCAUACUUCUUUUGAACUUCCUGUGUACACCGCACACGUUGAUGGCAUCGGCACCUUGCAUGCUUUGGAAGCCAUCCGUCAAGCUGGUCUGGCCGGCAAAACCAGAUUCUAUCAGGCCUCUACUUCAGAACUUUACGGAAAAAUUCAAGAGCCAAAGCAGAGUGAAACUACUCCCUUCUAUCCUCGCUCCCCAUACGCCUGUGCGAAACUUAUGGCGUAUUGGUGCGUGGUGAACUACCGCGAGGCGUACAACAUGUUUGCGGUGAAUGGAAUCCUCUUCAACCACGAGAGUCCCCGUCGUGGAGAAACAUUUGUGACUCGCAAAAUCACACGUGCGGUUGGUGCAAUCAAGGCUGGGAAACAGACUGAUGUCAGACUUGGAAAUUUGCACUCCACUCGUGACUGGGGACAUGCUCGUGACUACGUCGAGUGCAUGUGGCUCAUGCUCCAGCAGGACGAGCCGGAAGAUUUUGUGGUUGCCACUGGCGAAACCCACUCUGUCCAGGAAUUUUGCGACAUCGCCUUCGCUCAUGCCGGAAUGGAGUUGAGAUGGGAGGGUUCUGGACUUGACGAGGUCGGCAUUGAGAAGGCCACUGGCACAGUCCGCGUUAGGGUUGACUCGAGGUAUUUCCGUCCAACUGAGGUUGAUGUUCUCCUUGGCAACCCCGAGAAGGCUAGGACUAAACUCAAGUGGAACCCAACCAGCACUCCGUUCAAGAAGUUGGUUGAGGAGAUGGUCGAUUCAGACAUCGAGGCAGCGAUGAAGGGAAAGUAGAUGCCGCCGGACGGCGGCGGGAUCAAACCACACGUCGGCGGGCCGGGUUCCUCCUUUCAUUCGGAUUUUUUGCUUCGGACUCAGUUGUGUAAUGAAAUUGAGACUCGG